AUGGAUGAUGAAUCCAUAAAUCUGAUGAUGACAUCUUCAAAAAUCAGCAAUAUAAUUAACUCGUUUGGCCCACUAAAAGCGGCCGGAAAGGAUGGUAUCUUUCCGGCCCUUCUACAGCGUGGGCUAGCAGAGCUAAUUCCGUAUUUGGUUCCUCUAAUGAGGGGGUGCCUGACCUUUGGUUACACACCUCUCAAAUGGAGAGAGUCCAGAGUGGUAUUCUUACCAAAGCCAGGAAAGGAGAGUUACGAAAGGGCGUCCGCUUGGAGGCCCAUCUGCUUAACAUCCUUUCUGCUAAAAAUACUCGAGAAAUUGGUAGAUGGCUGGGUCCGCACGCCUGCUCUUGUAGACAGACUGCAGAGACACAGUCAGUACGCUUAUAUGAAGGGCGUCUCCACAGAGGCUGCCCUUCAUCAGAUUGUUAGCCUUGUUGAGGGGGCCCUUGACUCUGGCGAGUACUGCCUUGCAGUGAUGCUGGAUGUGAAGGGCGCUUUUAAUGAGGUUAGAUCAGAUUCUAUUAUACGCAGCCUUAGGAGGUUUGGCGUCAAUGAGGGCUAUGCCGACGAUCUCACAACUGUGGGGCGGGGCAUUGACCUUGGUACUGUGGGGAGUCAUAUGCAGAGGGCAGUAAAUCUUGUUAGUGACUGGUGCAAAGAGGUGAGCCUGUCAGUCAAUGACAAGCUUGCCCUAGUACUAUUCACUAGGAAGUACAAAUUCACUGCUCCUGUGAUCAAGGUGGAUGGUAUUCCCAUCCCUUAUCAAAAGCAGGUGAAGUCCCACAUGGCCCAGCUGCAAAGAGUACAAAGGUUUGCCAUGCUCGGUACAACCGGUGUAAUGUCUAGCACUCCUACUGCAGCCCUGGAGUGUCUACUGGGGCUUGCCCCAAUGGAUAUCCGGGUACAGCAAACACUACGUACCUACCAUCGCCUCGCUCACCACGGCCAAUGGAGAAAAUGGUCUGGGGGUGAUCGGACGAUGGUGCUAAAACAUAACAAGUUUGUAGAAAUCAUGGCAUCUGGCAUUCCUGAAUUCCAGAUGCCAUGUGAGAAACUUGUUAAUCCACCAGCAGAGGGGAACUUCUCAACCUCCAUCUGUUCGGCGCAAGAUUGGGAGGAUGGUAGCGUGCCCACGGAUGCCGCUGAUGUGAGCUGUUUUACAGACGGCUCACGGAUGGGAGAGAGCUCGGGUGCGGCUUACUACUUCACAUACAACAACCUUGUCCAGGAAGCUGUGAGGUGCUCUAUUCCUCUGGGAUGGGCACCCACGGUUUUCCAGGCAGAAAUUAUGGGUGUUAUCAGGGCUUCUGAAAUGUUGACCGACAAUUCUCAGAACUAUGGCUUGAACGUUGACUUCUUCAUUGAUAGUCAGGGUGCCAUUAAAGCACUCACUAGCCCAUGGCCAGUUUCAUCACUGACUGCUGAGGCUAUUGAGAUGCUAAAUCAUAUUGGGAAGACUAAGAAGGUAACACUUCAUUGGAUCCCCUCUCACCAUGGAUUUGAAGGGAAUGAAGUGGCUGAUUUGUUGGCCAAGGAAGAAGCACUGUAA